AAUAUGUAAAUACAUAGGAAUCCGGUUGCAUGUAUCUAAAUCUUCCUAAAUAAAUCUCUCUCCCCCCCCAAACUCCAAACCCUGCCGCUUAGAACCAACACGACCCGCUCGACACUUGCCUCCCCUAACAAAGCUCUCUUCCAAUGCUCGGCGGGCCACCGCCUUAAAAAGUCCUCGCCUUUCAAACUCGCCUCACCCUAUUAAACCACUCAUCUUGCAAUUCCUUCUUUCUACCGCCAUGAGAACCUCCUCCUCCUCCUCCUCUUAUACUUCUUCUAUUCUAUUAUUCUUCAUCCUUCUUCCUCUUCUCCUUCUCCUCCUUCUCGCUGCAACUCACAACUCCAAACAGUAUUCAUCCUCAUGGUCUUCUCCUUCGUCUUCUUCCAGCUCCGCCGCCGUCUCCGCCGUCUUAGACUCCGAGGCUGACGGCGUUGUUCUCACUGCAGCACCAGAAAGCUCGGCCUCAAAUUAUUCUUCCUCUGCUUCUUCCAUCAAGGCUGAUGACCAUAUCGCCAAGGAACCAGCUUCAGCCUCAACUAAUGAACUGAAACAACUAGUAGAGGCUCCUCCAACACUAUUAAGAGUAAAGAGUAGAGAUGCUAAUUUGGAAAGAUUAGAAUUUAACCUUGCCAGAGCAAGAGCUGCCAUCAAAUUUGCAGCACAAAAUCCAAAUAAAACGUCUGUAGAAGAUAAAGAUUAUGUACCUACAGGCCCAGUUUACAGGAAUCCCCAUGCAUUUCACAGGAGCCAUCUUGAAAUGGAGAGGCUGUUUAAGGUGUACGUGUAUGAAGAAGGCGAACCGCCAUUAUUCCAUGAUGGUCCAUGCAGAAGCAUAUAUUCCAUGGAAGGAAGGUUCAUAUAUAACAUGGAGAUGGGAAACAGAUUCAGAACCAGAAAUCCUGAUCUUGCACACGUUCAUUUUCUUCCUUUCAGCGUCGUCAAGAUGGUGAAGUUCAUCUACCAGCCCAAGACUUUUGAUAUAAGCCCCAUUGAAAGAACAAUUGCGGAUUAUAUAAACGUUAUAUCCUCCAAAUAUCCCUUCUGGAAUCGAAGCCUCGGCGCUGAUCAUUUCAUGCUCUCUUGUCAUGAUUGGGGGCCAAAAGCUUCCCACUCUCUCCCUUACCUCUACUCCAACUCCAUCAGAGUACUCUGCAACGCCAACUCCUCCGAAGGCUUCCAACCCCACAAAGACGUCUCGCUCCCCGAAAUCAAUCUCAAAACCGACGGCUCCAUCGGCGGCAUAUCGCCCUCCCGCCGCACCACCCUCGCCUUCUUCGCCGGCGGCAUGCACGGCCCCAUCCGUCCAAUCCUCCUCAAGCACUGGAAAGAUAAGCACGACGAUGAAAUGCAGAUUCACGAGUAUUUACCUCAAGGCGUCGAUUACUACUCCAUGAUGAGGAGCAGCAGGUUCUGCAUUUGCCCGAGCGGCUAUGAGGUGGCCAGUCCGAGAAUAGUGGAGGCGAUAUAUCUGGAAUGCGUGCCGGUUAUUAUAUCGGAUCACUAUGUGCUGCCGUUCAGUGAUGUGCUGAAUUGGAAGGCGUUUUCGGUUCAGGUGUCGGUGAGGGAGAUACCGGAGUUGAAGGAGAUAUUGGGGAGGAUAACGAUGAAGCAGUAUAUAAGGAUGUGGAGAAGGGUGAAGUUGGUGCAGAAGCAUUUUGUGGUGAAUACGCCGCCGAUGAGGUUUGAUGUUUUUCAUAUGAUUUUGCAUUCUGUUUGGUUGAGGAGGUUGAAUUUUCGUGUUGGGGAUUUGGGAUUGGAUUGA